AUUCAUCCACAUUAUUCCCUAGUUUCCUCUCGAGUCCUCUUUGACUGCUAGCAGAAGCAUAAGCAAAACACAACCAUGGCGGCUAUGUUUGCACUGUUUGUGAUGACUUUCGCCAUCCUCUUCGGCAACUCAGCUGCGGAUCCAGACAUGCUUCAAGAUAUUUGCGUCGCCGACAAGGCUUCUCCGGUGAAAAUGAAUGGUUUUGCUUGCAAGGACGCUGCAAAUGCAACCGCAGAGGACUUCUUCUCUGCCGGACUAGCCAAGCCGGGACUCACCAACAACACUUUCGGCUCUUUGGUGACUGCAGCCAACGUACAAACGAUCCCGGGCCUCAACACUCUGGGCGUGUCGUUGGCUCGAAUUGACUAUGCCCCCGGAGGCAUCAACCCACCUCACACUCACCCACGCGCCACCGAGAUAGUCUUCGUGCUUGAAGGUUCGUUGGAUGUUGGGUUCUUUACCACAGCAAACAAGCUCAUUUCAAAGACCAUUGUCAAAGGUGAUGUCUUUGUGUUCCCAAAGGGGUUGAUUCACUUCCAGAAGAACAAUGGCAAGGUCCCUGCUGCCGUGAUCGCAGGGUUCAACUCUCAGCUGCAGGGCACCGCCAACAUUGCCCUCACCUUGUUUGCCGCCACGCCUCCAGUGCCAGAUGAUGUGUUGACCAGUACUUUCCAGAUUGGUACCAAAGAGAUUAAGAAGAUCAAGGCAAAGUUUGCACCCAAGGCCUAGAAAUUUUCAUUGUAUUCUACAUGCAUAUUCAAUAGCUCGAUGGGGUGCGGGAAUUGUACUCGGUUUCUUUGUUAAUCUAUUGUGCUUUUUUUCUUCAUGUUCUUUGAAAAUAAGUGUUCUAAUUGUAUGGUGGUUGAUAAUAACACAUCUUAAGUCUGGAGGAGUGGCUAGCUGUCCAUCUAAUCUGAAAUGAUUUAAUAACUUCUUGGUUAA